GCUCGUGAAAUAUAAGCUCAGAAAACAAACCGAGCGAUCACAGCAGCAGCCCGGGCGGCGGCAGCAGCAGCAGCAGGAGGAGGAGCAGGAGGAGGAGGCAGAGUUGGCGUUGGGCAGACGCUGCCGAGAGCUGCAGGACGCGGCGGAGUUGCAGGACUCCGCGCCGCUCCAUUCAUUAAGUAGCUGCGGAGGACUGUGGCGGGACGCCGACGCUGCCCACUCGCAAACUUCAGCACGCAGACGCACGCCAGCCGUGCGCUUCCCGGGCAGCGCAGCGCUGCAAAAGUUCCUGCUCGGGAUUUGGCUCUCUUCCCCUUGGACUAGCGAACAGUUUGGGCUUGAGAGGAAAGCAGAGGCGCCUAGAGGGGAAACCUAUCCGCGCCUGCAGUUGGAACUACUCGGCCGCCGCGUCCCGAGCCCGCAGUUCCGCUCCUGAGCAGCGGCGGCCCGCAGCGUCCCGGGAAGCUCUCCGCUGCCAGCGCCAUGCAAAACUACAAGUACGACAAGGCGAUCGUCCCCGAGAGUAAGAACGGCGGCAGCCCCGCGCUCAACAACAACCCGAGGAAGGGCGGCAGCAAGCGGGUGUUGCUCAUCUGCCUCGACCUCUUCUGCCUCUUCAUGGCGGCUCUGCCCUUCCUCAUCAUCGAGACAAGCACCAUUAAGCCUUACCGCCGCGGGUUUUACUGCAACGACGAGAGCAUCAAGUACCCCCUGAAAGUCAGUGAGACCAUAAACGACGCUGUGCUCUGUGCCGUGGGGAUCGUCAUCGCCAUCCUGGCGAUCAUCACAGGGGAAUUCUACCGGAUCUAUUACCUCAAGGAGAAGUCCCGAUCCACCAUUCAGAACCCUUAUGUGGCCGCUCUGUAUAAGCAAGUGGGCUGCUUCCUCUUUGGCUGUGCCGUUAGCCAGUCCUUCACAGACAUCGCCAAAGUGUCCAUCGGGCGCCUGCGGCCUCACUUCCUGAGCGUCUGUAACCCCGAUUUCAGUCAGAUCAACUGCUCCGAGGGCUACAUUCAGAACUACAGGUGCAGAGGAGAAGACAGCAAAGUACAGGAGGCCAGGAAGUCCUUCUUCUCGGGCCACGCCUCCUUCUCCAUGUUUACUAUGCUGUAUCUGGUGCUCUACCUUCAGGCCCGCUUCACCUGGCGAGGGGCCCGCCUGCUGCGGCCCCUCCUGCAGUUCACUUUGCUCAUGAUGGCCUUCUACACGGGAUUGUCACGUGUAUCUGACCACAAACACCAUCCCAGCGACGUCCUGGCAGGAUUUGCCCAAGGAGCUCUGGUGGCCUGCUGCAUAGUGUUCUUCGUGUCUGAUCUCUUCAAGACUAAGGCGACCCUCUCGCUGCCGGCCCCCGCUCUCAGGAAGGAGAUCCUGUCGCCUGUGGACAUUAUCGACAGGAACAACCACCACAACAUGGUGUAGGUGCUGCGGCUCCAGAGCGUUUGGUUUCUCUGAAGUGACCGCUGACAGCGUGUUUCUGCUGCUCUCCCAUCUCAUCUGACAGUAGAAUGUAGGGAAAAGCUUUUUUGCCCGAUGGAUUUUGAAAACAUUUAAAGAAAAGAAAAAAAAAAAAGCCUUAUCUUGUGGCCUUCCCAAAUAGGUUGUUUGCCUGUGUGGAGACAACAGGGCCGGCGGCCUGAGUCCUGGCUGUGCGUGGGCUAGUGUUCAUGUUCUAGUGAGCACAGGCCUGUCAGGAGCAAAAAACACUAGAAUGAUUGAGCAGAGGCUGUGGUCGCCUUCGGUGACCUGAGAAAUCCCAGACCAGUGAGAACAGCUCCAGCUCCUGUGUUGCAUACAAGGCUCAGACCAGCACCAAAUCAGCCCCUCUGCCUGACCCACUUCUACUGUGACUUUGGUUCAAGGAAGUUUUGCGUUUUGAGAUACCAGGAAUGAGUGCUUUGGCUCAGAGUGGUCAGAACCCUAAUCCAAAUUCCUGGUGCUGAGGCCUCUGUCAUCUCCCCCCAUCCCCAGGCUAACAACCACAGGCCCUCACUUUUAGAGAUUAGGAGACCCUUUGUGGAAGAGUGAACUUCACAAACAGCACAAGUUCAGAGGACCCAGAGGGUGUCUUCUGAUGCACCGUACUGUGACGCGGAACUGCCACUGCAGGAUCAAUCACCGGGCACUUGCACAUGUAGAAACGGUUAGACUUCGGUUACUGCCGUCCCCUUGAGGUCCUUGCUGGGUGCGUAGCGGGAUCUCAGAUGGGGGGCCAAGGAUGAGCACAGGUGUGGUCGGACUCUGGCUGACCAAAGGAGCCUCGGUAAAGAGACAGGAAGGGGAGGGAAAGGGCAGAAUGAAAAAAAAAAAAAGAACCAACUUUUUGGCUCCUUGGGAUCA